AUGCCAGCGUGCCAUUUGGCGCGAUGGGCGGUGACGUGCGGGGCGUGGGAGGGGGGCGUGGCUGUCAGCAGCGCUGCGGUGCGCCGUGCGUGCGCGCCGCGCUAUGUGUACUACCCCAACACGCGUGAGGAGCGCCACGAUCCCGUGGGCACGUGCUGGGUGGCGCAGGAGCGGUUCGCGCGCUUCAACGAGUACUCCCCCUGCAGGACCAAUGGGUCUCGUUCCCAUGAACCAUCGAACAGAGCCACUUUAGUUGCUUCCGCCAUACACCAUCAAGCGCAGCUCCAAAUGGAUGCCACCAAUUGCAAUCCUGUUGCCACCCAGAACAACGUAGCGGCGAAACAAGCCAGGCUUUCGACGGGCGUAAGAUAUGCUUCAGCGAGCUCUGUUCCCCGUGUCAGCGGGUUGGCCAAUAAAAGCACCGAGUCUGUGGAAGUGAAGUGCGAGCAGCACAUUUAG